UACCAAAAAAAAUUUAAAAAAAAAUUGAAAAUUCAGGACACGGUUGCUUCAGCUCAGGUUUGAAUCUGUAUGUAUGUGUAAUGUGUGUGUGCGAUGAAUUUUGAUGGUGUGGAGAUGGAAUUGUGUUGUAGGGGUGGGAAGAAGACGAAGGGCUUGGGAAAGAGAAGCAAGGCAUCAAAGGAUAUGUCAGGGUUAAGGACAAACAGGACACUGCAUCAAGCAGCAGAAAUCAAGGAUGAAGCUGUUGAAAAGGAUGAUGUUCAAGAUGUUGAUACUGAAGCCACCACAGAGACUAAUACAGUUGUCAAGUCUACUCGGCCCCAAGGAAGGUAUAAGAAAAGAGAGAGAGGGAAACUUGUCCAUGCAUAUUCUUCCGAGGAUCUUGGAGGAAUACUUGUGAGUUACUAACCUUUGUAAUUUAGGACCUUCUAUUUUCAUUUUAUAGAGUUGAUUGAAAAAUUUUCGGAGCUCUUUUCUUCACUCUC